UGAACGCGGCAUGGCCCUUCGGAUGACCAACGGUUAGCAGCAGACGUGCGCCAUGGCCAGUGCCUUGGCGGCCAAACUGGGAUUCAACUCGCUGCUGAGAAAACCGCCGAGAAGCUUCCACGUCCGGAUCUGCACCGCGGAGUCAGACAUGGAGUUCAGCUGCGAGGUCAAGUGGAAAGGGAAAGACCUCUUUGACUUGGUGUGCCGGACUCUGGGACUGAGGGAGACGUGGUUCUUCGGACUCCGGUACGACAUGAAGGACGCCGUCGCUUGGCUGAAAAUGGAAAAGAAGGUCCUGGAUCAGGAAGUACCGAAGGAGGAACCCAUCACCUUGCACUUCCUGGCCAAGUUUUACCCUGAAAAUGCCGAGGAGGAGCUAGUGCAAGACAUCACGAAGCAUCUCUUCUUCCUGCAGGUGAAGAAGAAGAUCCUUGAGGAGGACAUUCACUGUCCACCUGAGGCCUCUGUGCUGCUGGCCUCCUACGCCGUCCAUGCCAAGUACGCAGGCUACGACCCCGAUGUCCACAAGCCGGGCUUCCUGGCCGAGGAGGAGCUGCUUCCAAAGAGGGUGAUCAACUUGUACCAGAUGACGGCAGAGAUGUGGGAGGAGAGGAUCACGACGUGCUACGCGGAGCAUAGGGGCAGGACGAGGGAUGAAGCCGAGAUGGAGUAUUUAAAAAUAGCUCAGGACCUGGACAUGUAUGGCGUCAAUUACUUUUCAAUCCGGAACCAAAAGGGGACGGAUCUUCUCCUGGGAGUGGACGCCCUGGGUCUCCACAUCUACGAGGCGGGCAACAGGCUGACGCCCAAGUGCUCCUUCCCCUGGAACGAGAUCCGCAACAUCUCCUACAGCGACAAGGAGUUCACCAUCAAACCCGUGGACAAGAAAACCAACACCUUCAAGUUCAACUCCCCGCGGCUCAGAGUCAACAAGUUGAUCCUCCAGUUGUGUAUGGGGAACCACGACCUGUUCAUUCGCCGCCGCCGGGUGGACUCGCUUGAAGUGCAGCAGAUGAAGUCUCAGGCCAGAGAGGAGAGGGCCAGGAAGCAGGUGGAGAGGCGGCGUCUGCAGAGGGAGAAGCAGCUGCGCGAGGAGGCGGAGAGAGCCAGGGACGAGCUGAAGAGGAGGCUGAUCCAGCUGCAGGACGAGGCUCACAUGGCCAACGACGCGCUGGCGCGCUCGGAGCAGGCGGCCGACCUGCUGGCCGAGAAGGCCCAGGUCGCCGAGGAGGAGGCCAAGCUGCUGGCCCUGAAAGCCGCCGAGGCCGAGGCGGAGACGGAGCGCGUCAAAGUCACCGCCAUCCGUGGGCAGGAGGAGCGGCGGCUCCUGGAGCAGAAGAUGCUGGAGGCGGAGAUGCUGGCCCUCAAGAUGGCCGAGGAGUCGGAAAGGAGGGCCCUGGAGGCUGAGCAGCUGAAGCAGGACCUGCAGGAAGCCAAGGAGUCGGAGUGCAGGGCAAAGCACAAGCUGCUGGAGAUUACCAGCCGGACCGUCUCCGCGGCCUCUGGACCGCAGUCUGACAGCAUGCCCCCGGACCUGAGCUUCAGCAGAGAGAACCUCAGCUUUGACUUUAAGGACACCGACAUGAAACGCCUCUCCAUGGAGAUCGAGAAGGAGAAGGUGGAGUACAUGGAGAAGAGCAAGCACCUGCAGGAGCAGCUGAACGAGCUGAAGACGGAGAUUGAAAGUCUGAAGAUGAAAGAGAGGGAGACUCCACUGGACGUCAUCCACAACCAGAACUCCGAGCAGGGGACCAGCAGGCACAGCAACUUUAAGAAGCUAACUCUACAGAGCACCAAGUCCAAGGUGGCCUUCUUUGAGGAACUUUGAACGACACGGCCUGUGGGUGGCGGCGACGCAGAACCUCUCAAUCCGACCUGGUCGUAGAAAACUACGAGACCGAACGCUCCGCCUCCUGGGAAACCACCGGGAAAACCACCACAAAACCACCACAAAACCACCAGGAAAACCACCACAAAACCACCACUGCCUUCUUUUGCAGCGCACUGACAACGUGUGUUUACAGUAGUUGGGGGUGUGAAAUAGAGGACGUUCUCUGUGAAUGUUUCAAAAUGAACUCCGAGUGGGUUUUAUUCAUGUCACAGAACAAAGAUGAGCAAGAAAUAAACUGAAAAUGCUCUUUGACUGCUCCAGUUCCACUGUUGCUCUAAUCAGACACUAUCUGUGCAGUUUAAAAUGGUUAUUACAUAAUGUCCAAACGGGGCGACCUACAUUAUUUGACUGUAAAACCGCUUUGAAAUUCAAAGCAGAAUGAUGGAAUUAUUAAUGUGUUAAUGUGUUGCCUUUUACUGACUCACAUGUUUGAUAACCACUUGUUAUCGGAAGCCACAAACGGACCACAGCCAUUUAUUAUCGUCUCUGGCAGGUCGAACACUUUGAAUAGUGAACCGGGCUCCGCUCUGUGAGUGACAGGUGAACUUUGAUCCUCACGUGAGAGCAUCCAUCGUCCAUCUCACGGAUCCCUUUUUUUUCUUUUCGCGAAGACAACCACUUUCCCGAAAAACAUGAAUUUGCAUCAGUUUUGAAUUAAUGUGUCUUUUUGAAUUAAUGUUCUCUUUCCCCCUGAAAGCAAUUUAUUUUAGAAGUGACAAGGUGAGGAAAAAAAUAUAUAUUUUCAUUUUCUUUUUGAUUGCAUUUAACAAGGGAAGUAAGCAGUAUUUACUUGAAGCUUUGGGUGAAGUUACACUACCUUGUAUUACUGUGUACCAUAUAUGUAUGUUUUAAAUAUAAAAUAAAUGAGUGUUCAGUCCGGUGCUGUGAGGAGAACAAGAACCCGAAUCCCCGUCAUGUGGAGGAUGUAAAUGGGAGGAACCACAUAUUUGACCAUUUAUCCAUUCUAUGCAUCUAAAGAAUGAUGCAGAAGGAUGCGAUGCUUUAAGAUCACAAAUGGCCGAUCCUACUUUUCUGCAAACAACCGGCUUUCCGGUCACGUAACAACCCUUGUGCUCCGUCGCCGACGCCACCGUGUUUCUAUUCACGUGCCUCAUCAGCUGUGUCCUCCCGUGGCGUCAAACUCCACGGACUUAACCAUCCAUUGUGGGUUUUAUCUGCACCAGCUCUGGCGGAGCUUGCUUUUUUUUUCUUUCUUUGGGCUUAUCAAGCGCUUCCUCAAAUCUACGCACCAGCUAAUCUCCUCCCACCCUACACCUUCCUUAAAAAUAGCCCAGCUCGGAAUACCUUUUUGCAUUUUGUAACCUCUCCUAAAAUGGUUUAAAUGUCAUUGCUUGCUGCAAUCACAACUCUCACUCGCAGUUUCUGUCAAGCGGCUCAUGUAACAUCCAUCAAGUGACUUCAAUCAUCCAUCUUGUGCUUCAUAAAGGUUG